AUGUUUCAUACUGGAUACAAACCCACAAGCUCAUUCAAAAAUAGUUCUUUCUGGAACGAAAACCUGACUGAUGUUCCACCAACCAUUGACUGGAGGAACGAAGGAGCUGUCACCCCCAUAAAAUUCCAAGGUGUAUGUGCGAGGAGGCACUGCAGAAAACUGUUCCAAUGCAACCGGUCACAGCUGCGGUUGAAGGCAGAGGAAUGGCAUUCCGACAUUACUCCAGUGGGGUCUUUUCUGGAGGUUGUGGGAUCACUUGACCGUGGUGUUACAGUCGUUGGUUUUGGCGCAAAUGAAGAUGGCAUUAAGUAUUGGUGGGUCAAGAAUUCAUGGGGAGCGAACUGGGGUGAGGGUGGCUACAUGAGAUUGCGCAAAGAUGUUGGUUUUCCAGAAGGUCUUUGUGGCAUUGCCAUGUAUGCUUCCUAUCCAGUUGUAUAA